AGGAUGUUGGAGAAUUAGAACGUUAUAAAUAAGAAUGCCAGAGAUUAGAGAUAAUAGUUGCUAACAUGAAGGAGGAGUUAAGGAACAAGAGACCUGUUAGCAAUAGUGGGGCAGAUUGGGAACAAGAGAAAAUGGAAUUGAAAGUAAAAUUGCAUAAGGCAAUGCUAGAAUAGAGGCAUUACAAGAUGAAAUGACUUAUAAGGCAAAGAAUUAUGCUAAGGAAAUAGCACAAUUGAAAUUGAUAAUUGCAGAGAAACAAGCAUUAUUAGAUUCUUUGACGAUGGGUGGAUCAUGA